UGAGUCCUAUUGAUAGAUGGUAUAGAUCCUAAAUUGACAUGAUUGGCAUCCUUCGGGGCAUUCUUUAUUUCACUUAAACUUCUGGAAGAAAUAAUCCAGAAGCUUGGACUAAAAUGCCAUCAUUGUACAAAUUAUUUCUAAUUCCAAGUAGGCAAUGAAAAACCAAAAAAAGAUGGUGAAAAGAUGACUGAAAUUCUGGAUAUAUAUGUCAGGCAAACCAAUUGAAACUUACUUUAGGCAAAACCAAAUGUUACCGAUGGGGCAUUCUCAGUGUGAAUGGAGAAGAGAAUAUGAUAGAUGUGGUCCUUCCCACGGAGACAGAAUGUUGCCAGGAAUGUUUUAAAGAAACAACCAAAAACAAUGUAUGGCUGGUUCCUCAACUGCUGGUGUGAAUUAAGUGCAAGAUUUACCAAGUUUUGAACUUUUGUUUAUCUUCUUUAAAGCUGUUUUUGUUUCUAUGUUUUAACAAAAUAUCUUCAUAAGGCUUCUGAAUUAUUCUGAUGUGUCCAUCAAUAAUUCAUUUGUCUGUGACUUCAUCGCUCUUCUCCUUGUCAACCCUUGAUAAUUCCACAUUCAUGCACUAAGUUAAAUUGUAUUGGACUUGGUCUGUAUUUGGAGUGUUCUCAACAAUUCAUUUCAAUCAUCACAGUUUGGCAUGGAUUAACAUCUACAAAAGGAGUAGAGGCUAACUGAAAAGUAAAAUGCCUACUGCUUGAAUAGGCGUUGCAUUUUGGUGUUCAUGAGGAGUUUCAAAGAGUUAAUAUGGCCUUUUAUUUCUAAAUUAUAUGUAGUGUACUACAAAUGCGAAGAUUAAAAACAAAAAUCAGUUUGUAAUUACAUUUAGUAAGAUCACAGUUGUUUCAUUGGGAUUUAACUCUGCUGGAUUGUCACUUUACAAUUUAGCAGCCGAAAUGAAAUCUAAUAGGCCGUUUCACAAAGAAUUUUGAUGUAUUUUCUAUACAAAAACAGUUGGGAGACCACAUUUUUAGGUAGAGUAUGCGACUGUAUGAAAGACAACUUUUAUGCUAUAUGUUUGUAUUUUUUUUUAAUCCUAGGAUAACAAGUCGAACCUAUUUCAUAAAGAAAAAGAAAAUCUGCCGUUACUAACCGUGUGAGAAUCAUGUCUGUUCGAGAGUCCUUUAAUCCAGAAAGUUACGAACUUGACAAAAGUUUUCGGUUAACCCGUUUCACGGAACUUAAAGGCACCGGCUGUAAAGUGCCUCAGGACAUUUUGCAGAAAUUGCUCGAAUCUUUACAAGAAAAUCAUUUCCAAGAAGAUGAACAGUUUUUGGGGGCUGUUAUGCCAAGAUUGGGAAUUGGCAUGGAUACUUGCGUUAUUCCUUUGAGACACGGAGGUCUGUCUUUGGUCCAGACAACAGACUACAUUUAUCCCAUUGUGGACGACCCCUAUAUGAUGGGACGCAUCGCAUGUGCCAAUGUCCUUAGUGAUCUCUAUGCCAUGGGAGUCACCGAAUGUGACAAUAUGUUGAUGCUUCUGGGUAUCAGUAAUAAAAUGACAGACAGGGAAAGAGAUAAAAUCAUGCCUCUAAUUAUCCAAGGAUUUAAAGAUGCUGCAGAAGAGGCAGGAACAUCAGUGACUGGUGGUCAAACAGUAUUAAACCCUUGGAUUGUUUUAGGAGGAGUGGCCACAACUGUCUGUCAGCCUAAUGAGUUUAUAAUGCCAGAUAAUGCAGUCCCGGGAGAUGUGCUGGUGUUAACGAAGCCAUUGGGAACACAAGUAGCUGUAGCUGUCCAUCAGUGGUUAGACAUUCCAGAAAAAUGGAAUAAAAUCAAGCUGGUCGUGACACAAGAAGACGUGGAACUUGCCUAUCAAGAAGCAAUGAUGAACAUGGCAAGACUCAACAGGACAGCCGCAGGGCUCAUGCAUACGUUCAAUGCUCAUGCAGCCACGGACAUCACAGGCUUCGGCAUCCUGGGCCACGCACAGAAUCUAGCAAAGCAGCAACGCAACGAAGUCUCCUUCGUUAUCCACAACCUCCCUGUCCUUGCCAAAAUGGCUGCAGUUAGCAAAGCUUGUGGGAAUAUGUUUGGUCUUAUGCACGGGACUUGUCCAGAAACUUCAGGAGGCCUCCUUAUCUGCUUACCGCGGGAACAAGCGGCGCGGUUCUGUGCCGAGAUCAAGUCUCCAAAAUACGGCGAAGGUCACCAGGCAUGGAUUAUUGGGAUUGUGGAAAAGGGAAACCGCACGGCCAGGAUUAUAGACAAGCCUCGGAUCAUCGAAGUCGCGCCCCAAGUAGCCACUCAGAACGUAAACCCGACACCCGGGGCAGCUUCUUAAUCCUAGACGAAAUAGGUUUUUUGUUUUGUUUUGUUUCAUUUUUUUUAAAAAAAAACAAAAACAAAAAAUAGAUCUAUUUCCUUUAUCAUCUUACAGCCUAAAGAACUGUGUAAAAAAAAAGAGAGAGAGAGAGAGAGAAGAAACACAUUGUGUCUGCAAACCUGGUGGCCUUAGGUCGGUUGGAGCGAGUGAAUAUAACCCUCUUGCCUUCCCCUCACACACAACACACAACACACCUUUUUUUUCCCCCCCUCCCUUUUCUUUUUCCUGUUACACGAACUGAAGAUGCUCCUAUCUCGAGGCAGCUUCUGAGUUGAGAGCGAUAUUGUUAUCCAAUACUGUUGAUUCAUUUUGAAUCUUUAAGAGACAUUGAUCUCUCGCCACACGGGCUCUUUUUUUUUAAAAGGUGCUUUCACGUAGCGCAGGCAUUGCCCACCGUGGUAAUCAAAUGCAGUUUUUGUGCUCUUUU